AUCAUUCGCCAUCUGCCGCAAGCAUCAGCAACAUGAGGAAAUCACUACUGAUCGUUGGCUCCCUCCUGGUGACCAUCUUUCUGGCCCAUCUGCCAGUUGGUCUAGCCGUCUCGUGUGCCGAUGAUCCCACCGAUACGGCUUGCAUCGAUUGCACAGAUACCGCGAAUGCAGCUGAAGCCGAUUGUACCACAACCACGGCUGCUCCGGAGGUAACCACAGCUGCCGCAGAGGUAACCACAGCGGCCAGUGCCGAUGGAGAAACCACCACCGCAGCCGCUUCGGCCACCGACACGACCACCGCCUCAUCCGGAGGCAGUGGCAAGAAGCGCGUGAGGAGGACCUUCAGGCGUAAGGUGAGCCGCCCCAGGAAGAUCAAGAAGAGGAGGAGCAACCGAGGCAGGAACAAUAGGAGGAGCCAAAACUCGGGCUAAGCACUGGACGCUCAAUCGCUCAAGAAUGAUAACAACAAUGACAAGGCAAUGCUACCCUGUACUCCUAAACAGCUUUAGUUUUAAGUAAACAAAUCAAUUUUAAACUGGGCCCACAAAUAAUAAAUUAUUUUUUUAAAGAAAGUUUAAAUUCAAAUGUUUUUGAUAAAUAAAUAAUAUGUUAACUGAUAAGGGAUAUGUAUAAAGUAACUAUG